UCUUCGACUGUACCUGCAAUCGCCACUCUCUCUCUCUCUCUGCCCUCUGCUUAUUCCGAAAGCUUCCGGAGCUGCAAUUCGAUCUCGUUUCCUCAAGCAAUCUCGCAUUCCUUGUUCUGAAAGCUUCCGGAGCUGCAAUUCGAUCUCGUUUCCUCAAGCAAUCUCGCUCUCAAAUUGGGUUUUCUCCACUGGGAUUGAGGAAAAGGCGUUGGAGAUCUGUAGAUUCGUAUUGUGGGUAAGACCAGAACAGCAUGCGGUGGUGGCUGAGUCUCUCUGUUGAUGUUGUUCGCAAAGCCAUCUCUUUGAACCUUUAUUGCAGAGUAAUUCUGUAAUUCUUCUUUUUAAUGAGCAGUGAACAAUAUUGAAAUUCUGAUAUAACCCUUCAAUUUUCUUACCCUUUUUUACCCUAAAAAUUUUCCAUGGGAUCCACUUUUUUCAUCGUCGUUCCUUGUUAUGUUCGUCAGAUUAGUUGAUUUGAAUCCAAAAAGCCUAUAUCUUUAGCUGAAAUUCUGUUUCAAUUCACUCUCAUUUGCUUGUAUUUGGGUAAUUUAGCUUAAAUUCAUCUACCCUUUUCAUAUUUUCUCCAUUUGGUUCUUGUUGAUCUGCCUUCACUCUUUCGAUUUUCGGGUUCGAUCUCACUUUCUUGUCAAUCAAUCUGCUCAGACUUUCUCAUACUCUAUUUGAGUUUUAGUGUAUUGCUCUGUGUUGAAAUUGUUUGGUGUUUGGAAGUUGUCAUUCCAAAAAAAUUCAAGUGCCGGGAAGUUGUUUAGUUAUGGUGUGCCAAGCAGCGGGCCAAACAAGAUUUCGGGCAUUGAAACAUGAAAAUGGGAUUGAUGGGGGUGCCACCAUAAUUGUUAGAGUAAUAGCAUGCUUUCAACCUCUCCAGGAUUGCCAGGCUGAAUAUUUUCGACAUUUGUUGAAACCUGUAACGUAGGAAGAUUUCAGUGCUUUUGUGUUCAAGUUAAGCUGGAGUAUUUAGUUUAUUUCAUUCUUGCUGAAAGAGAGACAUAAAUCAACUAUUUCUAGUUGUACAUACGUCCUUCUGGUUGUUGUUUUGGUUGGAUGGGUGAAGAUUUUGGAACCUGGAUUUCUCAGCAGCAUUUGGGCUGGCAACCACCCGAUCCGAAUGCAAUGGGUGCUCCACAUGGCUUGGGGCAACAAAACUUCAUUACUGCUUAUGGGAAACCAGGCACUAAUAUGCUUUUGACAAAUGGUACUAUGCCGCCAUAUGCAUCCUCAGAGUUGCCGCAACCACAAGUCGGCAAACCAAAUGAACCUAAAGGUUGGUUCUAUUGCUUACCCCGUAUCAGACAGGCCUUCAUGCCUGCCACCGACAAUGGUCUCAAAGAGAUAGUUUCUUCUGCCUGUCAUGAAAGUCAUGGGGGGACAUUCGUACCGUACGCAGACAGUGCCUUUGAACAGAAGAGACUCCUUGUUAACAAUCUUUCAGGGUAUCGGACAACUUUGGUCUUUAGUUCUGAGAUAGUGAAUCCGUUGCAGUGCCGUACUUCUUGGAAUCCAGACCAACAAGGUGCUUAUUAUUUGGAUGGGGAUGAUCCUCGAAAUGAAAGAGAUUUUAAAAAUCUGUCGGGAGCAGUUUUGACUGAUGAAUUCAGAGGAAAUGAUGAAUGUGGUGCUGAAAGUGAGAUGCAUGAAGACACAGAAGAACUGAAUGCCUUGCUCUAUUCAGAUGGUGAUAGCGAUUAUACUGAGGAUGAUGAAGUUACUAGCACAGGCCAUUCUCCGAGUACAACGACAGUUCAUGAUAAGCAAAAUUGGUUUGAAGAAGUUGCCAGUUCUGAUGGAAUGAAUAAAAAGCGGAAGCUAUUUGAUGGUGGUAACGAUGGUGUGCCAUCCGUAAUGGACACUGCUAGUCCCAUGAAACACAACCGAUCGCUGGAGUUAGAGGAUGAUGCAGAAUCCAGUUGUGCCUGCCAGCGAAGUUCUGGAUUAAGAGAAGUGGAUUCCUUGUCCAGCAACAAGAAGAUGAGAAAGGAGAAAAUCCGAACCAUUAACAUUCUGCAGAACAUAAUUCCCGAUGGAAAGGGAAAGGAUGCGAUUGUGGUGCUCGAUGAAGCAAUCCACUACUUGAAAUCGUUGAAGCUCAAAGCCAAGGCUUUCGGACUUGACUCCCUCUGAGUCUCAAUAUGUCAGUUGCAGUAGUGCCUCUAGUAGGCACUUUGUAUUACUCAUUAUCAGUUAUCGUCGUUUAGUAAUAUUGGAGAAUAAGUCGGUGUACAUACGUGUUUGCGUAUAUAGUACGGCAUGAAGUAGGUUCCAGCUAUGGUGGUGAAAACGGGAGCGGUUCCGGAGAGGAAGAAUCGAGCUUGAAACCCUCUUGAAGCAUUUGUGUUAAUUGAUUGAAAUGGUGAAUGAUUUGUUUUAGGGUAAAGAGAAAGCGACAAGCGCACCUGGAGAGAAAGAGAGCGUGUCAUAUAUUGGCAUGGGGUGAAUUCAAAGAGAAGAAGGAGAGGGGUCCCACCAAAGGAGAUGAAGAGUGCACGCCCCUUGUGUUUUUUUGGGUCCCAAAACUUCACUUUCCUCUCACUUUUGUGUUUACUUGUCAUCUCUCUCUCUCUCUCUCUCUCCCUGCAAGUUUGCACGAGCAAGAAGGCCUUCACCAACCCCAUCAUACCAACUUGCGAAAAGAGGGUCCCAAUACCAACCAAUUUCUGCAGAUCAAAAGGGUUCAAUCCAUGACAGCCAUGUGAGCGGAACGACUGUUACUCGAGGUGAAGCGACAGACUUACCCAGUAAGAUGAUGGGGUUAAAGAUGUUACUAUGGUUAUUUUUUAAGUGUGGUUUUUGGGGGUGCGGGAUGUAAAUUGCAUGUGGGUGUGGAGUUACUAUUGUCCUGAUGCCUAUGUCUUACGUUGCAUGCAAGCUUUAUGAUACGAGACAGCGAUGUGUAUUUCAAUAUUUGUGUGUUGUGAUGUGAUUCCCUUUGUUUUUGCUGAAUGAAGUAUUGUUGUUGCAGAAAUA